AUGCAUUUGCAAACACUUUCCAGUUCUGCAUUGACAUUACUAUUGGCAUUUAAUGCCGCCACUUUGGCUCAAGCCAAGGUCAAGAUUCUAUCUUGGGAUAUGGCCUAUGAAAAAGCUAAGGUGCUUGUGGACCAAAUGUCUAUUGAUCAGAUGGUGGACAUCGCCACUGGUGUGCAAUGGCAAAGAGGUCUGUGUAUGGGCAAUACUUAUGGAACAGAGGAACCCUACUUUCCAUCAUUGUGUUUGCAAGAUUCGCCCUUGGGUGUACGGCACGCAGCAAAUGUCACAAGUGGCACGGCCGGAAUUAAUGCUGCUGCUUCUUGGGACAAGAAGGCUAUUUAUGAGCGAGGUGCAUACAUGGGAAGGGAAUUUCGUGGAAAAGGCGCACAUGUCCAGUUAGGUCCUGGAAUGAAUUUUAUGAGAUCACAGGAGGGCGGUAGAGGCUGGGAGAGUGCUGGUGAAGAUCCCUAUCUUCAAGGUGUUACAUCUGCCGAGAACAUCAAGGGUAUUCAGGAUGAAGGCGUUAUUGCAACAGCCAAGCAUUAUCUCUUGAACGAUCAAGAACUGAACAGAACCACUAGUUCGUCAGACGUAGAUCAAAGAACUCUGCAUGAAGUCUAUCUCUGGCCAUUUGCACGCUCUGUCGAGGCUGGUGUUGGUUCAGUCAUGUGCUCCUACAAUUUGGUCAAUGGCACAUAUGCUUGUGAAGAUGAUUACCUCAUGAAUACAGUCUUGAAGGGUGAGCUUGGAUUCAAGGGCUUCGUUCAAUCUGACUGGCAAGCAACUCAUUCUACCGUAAAGUCGGUUAACGCUGGUCUUGACAUGACAAUGCCUGGUGACAUUGUCUUCUUCUCAAACAGUAGUUACUUUGGAAAGAAUCUGACAGAUGCUAUUGAAAGAAAAGAGGUGCCUGAGGAGAGAGCCGCUGAUAUGGCCACCCGUAUCGUUGCUGCUUGGUACAAAAUGGGUCAGGAUACAGGAUUUCCGAAUUUGACUCUUUCAUCCUUCCACAUGGAAAACGCCCCAUUUGUUGAUGUCCAGGCUAAUCAUAAAGAGCUGGUUCGUGAGAUGGGUGCUGCUUCCACUGUUCUCCUUAAGAAUGCUGAUAGUGCACUUCCUAUUGACCCUAAGAAGGUCAUGAAGAUUGCAAUUAUUGGCUCUGAUGCUGGACCUGACCCUAAUGGUCUUAAUUCUUGCUCUAGCCAUGGCUGUAGCAAUGGUACAUUAGCUCAGGGCUGGGGUUCUGGCACAGCUGAUUUUCCUUACUUGAUUGAUCCUCUUGCUGGUCUCACCGCUGCUUUUGGAAAAAAUGUAGAAAUCAAAUCUACGCUGGACGAUUGGAAUCUUGAAAAGGCUGCAGAGGUGGCCACAGAUGCUGAUUACGCCCUGGUCUUUUCCAAUGCCGACUCUGGUGAACAACACAUUGUUGUUGAUGGUAAUGUGGGUGAUCGUAACAACUUGACUUUGUGGCACAACGGUGAUGCAUUGAUCAAAGCAGUUGCUGACGCAAACAAGAACACGAUCGUUGUUAUUCACGCUGUUGGUGCUGUUAUGAUGUCGGAAUGGAUCAAUCAUCCUAAUGUCAAGGCUGUUGUGUGGCCAGGCCUUCCAGGUCAGGAAUCUGGUAACUCUCUUGCUGAUAUUAUCACCGGCAAAGUCAACCCAUCUGGCCGUCUUCCUUACACUAUUGCCAAGCAAGAGUCUGAUUACAAUGUCAAACCUGAUCCCAGUGCCGUUAUUCAGUACAAUGAAAAACUGUUGGUUGGUUACAAGUGGUUUGAUCAUGCCAAAAUUGAGCCCCUCUUUCCUUUUGGUCAUGGUUUAUCUUAUACCAAGUUCAAUUACAGUAAGCUAAAGGUCAAGGCCAAAAAGAAGAAGGACACUGUCACUGUCACCGCCUCUCUAUCUAUCAAAAACAGUGGUCAAUUGGAUGGUGCUGAAGUUGUUCAAGCUUAUAUCGAAUUCCCAGAGAGUGCUGGUGAACCUCCUAAAAAUUUGAGAGGCUUUGAAAAGAUAAUGAUCAAGGCAGGCAAGAAGACCAUGGUUGAUUUCGAAUUCACCAAGACUGAACUCAGUAUCUGGGAUGUUGAUGUGAACGAUUGGGUUAUUCCUUCUGGCAAGUUUACCCUUCAUAUUGGUGCCUCUAGCAGAGACAUUCGUCAAUCUGCUAGCUUUACUCUUUAG